ACUACUGUAAACAAUCGAAUGACAGCUCAUCCGAUUUGAGUUUAGCAGACUAGACACGAGGAACAGAUGGGCGAAAGGUAGAAGAAACGGGUUUAAAAAUGGUAUCAAUAGGUGAAGUGCUCUGUCUGUUGUUGGUCGCGAUAUUGUGGGGCGGCACGAACCCGUUUCUGAAAAAGGGUACGGAGGGCAUUGAACGAGUUCAGAGAGGAAACAAGCUCCUCCAAUUUAUGUCAGAGGUCAAAUUCUUGUGUUUGAACUUCAAGUAUCUUGUGCCUUUCAUAUUGAACCAAAGUGGAUCGUUAGUGUUCUACUUCACUCUUGCUUCUACCGAUCUUUCUCUAGCUGUGCCCAUGGUGAACUCGCUCACCUUUCUGUUCACACUGCUAAUGGGCAAAUGGCUGGGAGAAGAGUUUGGAGGUAAAAAAGCUGUGCUGGGGAUGUUACUCACCAUGACUGGAGUGACUGUGUGUGUGCUGAGUUCUGUCUCUGAGACAGACAUCAAAGAGCUGCGCAACACAAGUGACCACUAGAACAACAACUGCUGGAAAAGAUGAAUGUAGAGGCAGAUGGACCUUGACUUUGGACCGUGCUAUGUUGUUUUGUCUCACACUAACAUCGUCUGUCAACUAUGAAACAAUUUAUGUGCUAUUUCGUUUUUAAUAUGUGCUGUGAACUUAUGCCAAGAUAAGGAAACUGUUUUUAAAGGAUUUUACAUCUGUAUUCCGUGAGUGUUUUUGCACUUUAAUCGCACCUGUUGAAAGAGUAUAGUUUUGUACUGUGAUAUAAAAAACCCAUUUUAAGUGGAUGUGUAUUGAGGAAAGAGGAAAAUACAUUAACAUAUUGUACUGUUAGGUGAAUUGUAUAAUUAUUGAAGUACCAAAUGUUAACUUAAAUACGUUUAUUUUAAAUGUCCUUUACAUUCAGAGGUCAUAUUUUGCUGUAAGAAAAUAAAGAGUAAAAACCUAAA